AUGGUAAAAGUCAAGUCCAAGAAUAGUGUUAUCAAGUUAUUAUCUACAGCCGCGAGCGGUUAUUCUCGUUAUAUUUCGGUGAAGAAAGGUGCACCUUUAGUUACCCAAGUCAGAUAUGAUCCCGUAGUGAAACGUCAUGUGCUCUUCAAAGAAGCGAAGAAAAGGAAAGUGGCAGAAAGGAAACCUUUAGAUUUUUUACGAACAGCGAAGUGA